CAUCACCCACACCGCCAUCCUCUGGCCAUCCCGGCGUUGCUUUGUCCAGCAAGCCUUUCCCGCCUUCCGCUUUCAUCCUACCAUCAGCAACCAGACCCAUCCUCCGAAGCACCAUGGCUGGAGCAUUGGAGAACGCGAGGGCCCAGCUGCCCAAAAUCAGAGAUGAGGAGCGCGAAAGCGCCUUUGGAUAUAUCUACUCGGUUGCCGGACCUGUCGUCGUUGCCGAGCAUAUGACAGGCGUCGCUAUGUAUGAGCUGGUUCGUGUUGGACACGCCGAGCUCGUCGGCGAGGUCAUCCGAAUUGACGGCGACAAAGCUACCAUCCAAGUAUACGAGGAAACUGCCGGCUUGACGGUCGGCGACCCUGUACUAAAGACCAGAAAGCCACUCUCGGUCGAGCUUGGACCUGGAUUGUGCUCAAACAUCUUUGAUGGUAUCCAGCGACCCUUGAAAGGCAUUCAGGAGCUGGCUGGAAGCAUCUACAUCCCUCGUGGUGUCAACACCCCCGCGCUUGACAAGAAGCUGCUUUGGGACUUUGAGCCUGUCAACUGCAACGUCGGCGACCAUAUCACCGGCGGAGACAUCUUCGGCAAGGUCUAUGAAAACAGUCUCGUCACCCACAACAUCCUGGUCCCUCCCAAGGGUCUCGGCACGGUCACGUACAUUGCUCCCAAGGGACAAUACGAUCUGAACCAAACCGUUCUCGAAACCGAGUUUGAUGGCCAGAAGCAAAAGUACACCAUGAUGCACAUGUGGCCGGUGCGCACCCCUCGUCCCACCAGCGAGAAGCUUGCGGCGGACUACCCUCUCUUGACUGGCCAGCGUGUGCUCGAUGCCCUGUUCCCUUGUGUCCAGGGUGGCACGACCGCCAUCCCCGGUGCCUUUGGUUGUGGCAAGACUGUGAUUUCCCAGUCUCUGUCCAAGUAUUCCAACUCGGAUGUCAUCAUUUACGUCGGCUGCGGUGAGCGUGGCAACGAGAUGGCUGAAGUCUUGAUGGAUUUCCCUGAGCUCUCCAUCGAGAUUGAUGGCCGCAAGGAGUCGAUCAUGAAGCGCACCACUCUUGUUGCAAACACCUCCAACAUGCCCGUCGCUGCCCGUGAGGCCUCGAUCUACACCGGCAUCACUCUGUCCGAGUACUUCCGUGACCAGGGCAAGAACGUCGCCAUGAUGGCCGACUCGACCUCGCGCUGGGCCGAGGCUCUCCGUGAAAUCUCUGGUCGUUUGGCCGAGAUGCCCGCUGAUAGUGGUUAUCCUGCCUACCUUGGCGCCAGACUGGCUUCGUUCUACGAGCGUGCCGGAAAGGUCGUCUGCCUCGGCAAUCCCAAGAGAAACGGCAGUGUCAGUAUUGUCGGAGCCGUCUCGCCGCCUGGUGGUGACUAUGCCGAGCCCGUCACCUCAGCCACCCUCGGUAUCGUGCAGGUGUUCUGGGGUUUGGACAAGAAGCUCGCCCAGCGCAAGCACUUCCCCUCCGUCAACUGGUCUCUCAGUUACUCCAAGUACCUGAAGUCCCUAGAGCCCUUUUACGAAAGCUUUGACUCGGACUUUAUCUCUCUGAGAACAAAGUGCAAGGAGAUUCUGCAGAAGGAAGAGGAUCUUGCCGAAAUCGUUCAGCUUGUCGGCAAGAGCUCCCUGGCUGAGACUGACAAGAUCAUCCUGGAAGUGGCUCGCCUGCUCAAGGACGACUUUUUGCAGCAGAACGGCUACUCCAACUACGAUCGUUUCUGCCCCUUCUACAAGACGGUUGGCAUGCUGCGUAACAUGAUGGCCUUCUACGACCACGCCACGCAUACCGUCGAGGCGAGCUCGAAUCAGGUCACCUGGGCCAAGAUCCGAGACAGCAUGGGCGACAUUAUCUACAAGCUGACGUCCAUGAAGUUCGAGGACCCCGUCGAUGGUGAAGAGGCUAUCAAGGAUCGAUACGCCAAGCUCGGCAAGGAGAUGGAGGAGCGAUUCCGAGCUUUGCUUGAUUAAGUUGUUGGACUUUGGAGCCAAGGGGGCGAUGUGCUGCGGCACUGGCGUGGUCCAAAGCGGCAUCAUCCUCUCUGUCAUCGACGCCACGGCUCCGCCCGGCUCUUCCCGUUGAUUCCACUCCUGUUGAUCCCGUUUCUUGGCAGUUUGAAUGAAAGAAAACACAGUUAUUGCACAGUGCUGAGUGGUCGCCGUUGCUCCACGACCUAACACCAGAGACCUUACUGCCUGAUCGCAUGUGUCGCCAAGACAAGAAAGAGAGGGACUGCCAGCUGUAAACACUGAGCUGUGGUUCUUU